AUGUCGAGUCGUGCGCCAAUGGAAAAAUCGGCGCCAGCAGUUCCAACAGCGCCUACAACUACAGCCAGUUUCGGUGUUUUAGCGACAAGCGAUUCCAAUGUCCCCGACGCGUCAAGUGGCCCCCACCGAGACGGCCGCAUUCGAAAUCCCGUUCCCAGCAAGUUGAAGGGCAAGACAGAUGGCUCCAAGGGAAAUUUCAGCGUGAUGCAUAUAGAUGUGGCGGGCAGGACGGAGGCCACGGAACGUGACGCUGAGGCAAAAAGAACCAGCGAGAGCACAGAGCUUGCUGCGAAGCGGGCUUAUGAGAAUGGCUAUGUGUCGUUACGAAGGAGCCGGUUUAUACACAUCCCCGACGAACCAGAACCGGCGGCUAAGCCUAUCGUUCCGCCGCAAGCAUCAGUAACUGCAGCCGCGCAUCGGACGCGCCAGACCCCGCUGACCCCCGAAGAAACCAAGGCAGAACAGGCCCGGUUGUUGACGUUACUGCGGAGCCUUCACCCUGUCCUUGUGGUUGACCAAAUCUGCAAAGCCCUAGCUUUUUUCGGGGGCAUACCAGGGGGACCACCCCCUGGGGAUGGAUUCCCGCAGAGCGCAGAGUCGAAUGGAUCUGGCAGCCUCUUUGUAGGAUGGAUAGCUGAAAUAUUCCCCAGACGAAAGCGUGGACGGCCCAAGGGCAGCAAGGGCACCAGGCCUCGGAUCGAUAAAGGAAUCAAAAAGGGGCCCCUUAUGAAGGCUGUCUCCGGCACUGCCGAAAGCCAGCAACACACAAACGCGGCCGAUGAAAGCUGGGUUGAUGUCGAGGAUGAUGCUGUGGACGAGGUGGAUGCGAAUGUAAUGCUUCUUGCGCAGAGCUCAACGCCGCAACCAGUGCCACAGUUACAGCAGUCUGGUGUGGCCCAUGAGCGGCCUUUGCUCGCGGCCAGUACUCCAGUACGAACAACUUUACCCACCGCCCCGACCACAAGCACCAGUACAAUUGAUCUCACACCUAGCGCAAGGAAAAGGGGUCGGCCCAAGGGCUCCAAAAACCGGCCCAAGGAUGGAUCAUCAGACACACCUGCAAGAGCGCAGACUGGCGACCCUUUGUAUUCUCAGCGGCCAGAUGCGGUAGGUACGGCAGCACGGGCAUCAUCGCCACGUCCACAGGCCUCGCAGCCAGCCCAAGCCUCUUCAACUCCUCGAGUGUUCGAACAUUCUACAUCAAGCCAACCAUUCACCCCGGUGAAUGCCGGAACCCCAUCGACGGCCACCAAAAAGGUGGGCAGAUCAAAGGCUCUAGAAGAUAAGCAACGCCCAACAAGUCAGCGUUCUCAUAUCCCUCCGGGUAUCACCACAGAUCAUGGAGCGAGAGCGGCGACACUGUCGGCCUCAGGGGCCGCAUCAGGGGUUGCGACGAGAGUAGAACCAGAAACAGCGCCAGGAGGGGCGUUACCCGGGGCGGCAAUGGACACAGUGACAGGCACCACGCAGAAGAAUCUGGCGCAGACAGGAAAUGCAUCAACGUCAGGCCCCAGGACAGAAUCAAUAAACAAAGAGCCCGCGACAUUAUCACAAGGCCUAGAUAAAACACUUGGAAGUUUCGCGACAACAGAUUUUGUGUAUUCGGCCCCCCCAGACGGCCUGUCCAGCACCUCUUCCCAUCGCUCUCGACCAAGACCUUCUCAGACAUCCAGGCAGACGGAAAACCCCCAGGGCCAAACUCUGGCUCUCCCAACUCCUCCCUCUGCUAGCCCCGCGCUCCCUAACACCGCACCCGGUAGUUUGGGGCAAAAACGCAAGAGGACUGCCAAAACAGGCGGUGGCAACCACGUUGUGCAGUCUGGUGUAUCCAACCAAGCAUCACCCCAAAUGAAUGGCCCAGCAUUACCAACACCACCAGCAAACGUUGGCUCCGCGCAUUCUACAGCCGCCUCGGCACUCCAGCCUCCUGUGGCCAAAAGGUCAAGGAGGGGCAAAGGCCCUAAGGAAACCACCGCGGUAGCUAACCAGGAUCCAGCAGCUGCAAAUAUCGAAGUGUCAACCACUGGUGCCAUGGUCGGUUUGCGCUCGGAUUCGGGACCACAUUCGGCCCUCUCUUCUAGUGCAGCCGCGGCUUUGAGCCUGACCACAAUGACGGAGUCUCGUGAUAUGGCCUCGGACACGAAUGAGACAUCUGUACCACCGGUACAUUCGCCUCAUCAAAACCACUACGAGGUCCAAUCACCCACCAUGGAGAACUAUGAGGCUCAAUUGCAAGCCCAAAUAGAGCAGCAAGCGGAGAUGGAGUCUCAAACGGUUUCCCAUCAAACCCGUGUCGACCCUCAGUACAGGUCAGCCCGGCAACCACGACAGCAGCAGCAGCAGCAGCAGUCGACGUCAGCAUCAACGCCGCAACGUAGGUCACCAAACACCCAGCCGCAAGUAUCAAAUCCACAAGCGGGACUAUCCUUAGCCACACAAUCACAAACGCGAACGACCGGUCAAGGCCAAUAUCCGCAGUAUCUUCCACCGAAUUCUCAAUAUAAUCAGUCGCAGCAUUCCAAACAAAGCCAGUCAUCCUCUCAAUCUCUGUCUUCAUCACGACACCAACAACACCACCAGCAACAACAACAACAACAACAACAACAACAACAACAACAACAACAACAACAACAACAACAACAACAACAACAACAAUCAUCCCAUUUUUUGGGACAGCAGAAACUCCAAGGCCAAAUUGUGCAGGGCUCGCCAGCCCAGCAAUAUUCUGUGAAUUCGACUCAGCAGCAGCAUCCCUCGAAUCAAUCAUCAUACACAAACAAGCAGCAGCAGCAGCAGCAGCAGCUCUCAUCUCAGCAAAGAUACCAGCAGCAACAUCUAACAACAACUGCAGGAAGCACGAAUUCGUACAACAAUACCCAACCGCCCUCGCAAUUUGCCGGUUCGGCGACAAACAAUUAUACAGCCACGACCGACGGCACGUACCGGGCAUCGUCAACCUCGCUGGGUACCUCUACUUAUGGGCAACACAGCCAGUCCACAACACCCUCGACUGCCGCAUCGUUUCGCAGCAGUGGCGCACAUGGAUUGCCACACCACUCUCCGUCGUUCAACACUGGCUCCGGCGCAGCCCAACAGCGAGGCGGCAGCGCCAGUCACGCUACCAACCAGGGCGUGCAAGGCAUGUCUGGUUCAAUGCAGGCAUUUUCGGGAAAUACGGGUGGUAGCUGGGAGUUAUUUGACACAGGCCAUAUCGAUGCAUCCGGGCAGCCAUCAAGUCUGGGGCUAACGAACACCUAUGGCAUCAACACGACCAAUGCCCGCACCUCGGGAAACAGUUCCACGUUUGGUGCGGCAGGCCUAGGUACUUAUGACACGUCAGGACUCCCCUAUAAUGAACGUUAUCACGGAGUCGGUCGUCGUUGA